AUGACCUCUUCCACUCCCACCGCCAACUUUACCUUCCGCCAGGUGGAACGCUCCGACGUGGAUACUCUGGAAGGGCUUCUUUUCACCUCAAAGUUGUCUCUGACCAUCAACAAACUGUUAUUUAAAAACUGGCCAAACGAAGCAGUGCAAAGACGCAACUAUCGGAGUGCGCUGGAGGGACUCGAUUUCGACAAUAGUGACCGGGAGUCAUUGACCGUGGUUGAUGAUGAGUUGGGAAAGAUUAUCGGCCAUCUCGCCCUUUAUCGCAGAGAGCCCCAAACCCCUGUCCAGGACGAUAUAGAGUGCGGCCAGAGUCAGGCUGCCAGUGCAACUGAACAAGCAGACAUCCCGGACUUCUUCAACGCCGACGUCUUGAAUGCUGUGAUAGAAGCUGUUGGUGAGCUUUCUGAUCCUGCUCUAAAGACGAAAGAACAUUAUGAGGUGGUUUAUAUCGUCGUGGAUCCUGCAUACCGUCAUCGAGGCAUAGGCCGAGGCUUGAUUCAACAUGUCAUCACGAAGGCGAAGGCUGCGCAAGUGCCUGUCGCCGUGUCCUCAGAGCCGCAGUCCUAUGAGUUCUUCACCAAGCUGGGAUUCGAAGAAGUCAAGUCGGUAGAUAUGGAUCUGGCGCAGUGGGCUCCGCCCUACUCUGGCUUUGGAUUGUUUAAACUGAUGUCGAUGAUCUGGGACCCAUAG